CCCACUGAUGCCAGGCCUACGCCAGCACCCCAGAGGCUCCCUGAGGCUGUGCCGGGGGAGCCCUCAAUGUGGACUGGUUGGAGCCAGGGAUGUGUGCGGGCUACUGAGUGUCUCACCUCGGGACAGGUGGGCCUGUGCCAGGUGGAAGCUUCUCCUGGGGCUGGGAGGCCUUUCUGAGGCUCCCCGGGUCCUCGUCCACGCGCCCAUCUCCCUUCUGCUGGGGUCUGUGUCCUGUGUGUGGCCUUAGGAGUGUGGCUGUCCCCACCCCAGCCAGGACGGUUGCCGUGCAGACAUGUCCCUCGAGCUCCCUGCUAUGGCCGUGCCUUCCUGGGAAAGGUCUGGGCCCACGGUCACUGUCUGCUCCUGCUGGAGGCCCCUGCUGGUGUAGCUGCCCCAUGGCCCUGGGUGCUCGGCAGGUCUCUGGCAUGGCCUGAGCCCCUGCGGAGGGGCAUCCUGGGCCCUUCCACACCUGAGGCCCUGGCCCGGGGCUCCCUAGCCCCAUCUGCGGCCCUGGCAAGCUGAGUUCUGCUUAGGGCCCGCUUGGGGGUGUGAGUGAGCAUCAGGGCUGCUGUGGGCAGAGCAGGUGGGCCUUCCUGGGUCCCCUGAGAGCAAGAACAGGCGCUCCCGCUGCGAGGCAGAGCCCAGGGAGGAGCGGUGUCCCGUGGGCAGCAGGGGCCUGGGUGAUUCUGGCCUGGCCCCCGCCUGCCCACCCCUUUGGGAUCGUCCUGCUGCACUGUGCAGCUCCCAGCCCUGCCUGCAGAGGCCACCUCCAUGGCAAGCAGAGAGGGACACCUCUGCCCCGCCCGCCUGCAGCCCUGCCAGCCCCCAAACCGGUGCCCAGCCUCUGAGCAAUCGCGGCCAGCACUGUCUGGGGAAAAGUGACCCAGGACCCUCGCAGAGGGGAGGGCAGGGAGGGGGAGUGGGCCGGUGACCCCCACAGCGGCCUGGGAUCCUGCUGGACCCUGGCAGCAGUGGAGCUGGGGCAGCCCCGGGAGAGGCCCGAGGGCCACGCCAGGAGCCCACGUGGUCUGCUGGUCUCUGCAGGACUGACCGGCUGGGCACGUUCACGCACAAGGAGUUCGAGCAGCUUGCCCCCGUGAUGGACGGCUUCAGCCUCAUGACCUACGACUACUCCACGUCGCAGCAGCCUGGCCCCAAUGCCCCCCUGUCCUGGGUUCGAGCCUGUGUCCAGGUUCUGGACCCCAAGUCCAUGUGGCGCAGCAAGAUCCUUCUGGGGCUCAACUUCUACGGCAUGGACUACGCGGCCUCGAAGGACGCCCGCGAGCCGUCCACUGGGCCCAGGUACAUCCAGACCCUGAAGGACCACAAGCCGCGGCUGGUGUGGGACAGCCAGGCCGCAGAGCACGCCUUCGAGUACAAGAAGAGCCGAGGCGGGAGGCACGUCGUCUUCUACCCCACCCUGCAGUCUCUGCAGGUGCGGCUGGAGCUGGCCAGGGAGCUGGGCGUCGGGGUCUCCAUCUGGGAGCUGGGUCAGGGUCUGGACUACUUCUACGACCUGCUCUAGGCAGGCAGGUGUGCGCUGCUAAGCUGUGGAACGACUGGGUGUGCAAUACAGGCUGUGCUGUGUGCUGUG